AUGGUCCUCGCAGAGCUUAACAUUAGCCAUGCCGAAGGGCAUCUAUCCAUCGAGACGAACAAGACGCCCUUCGGCACGACUUCCAACAGGCUUGCUUCGCCGAUUGAUAGUGUAGUCGGUGAUCUACCUGGAAUCGGAAACCCUCGCAUGCAAGUAGUCUUCGACAAGACUGUUUGUGACGCUCUUCAGCUAUCAUGUCAAUAUCAAGAAGUGAAUGUUCUGAUUAUUCGAUGGGCCGAACACCUGGAUCGAGAUCUCCAAUGUGGAGCAGAAGUAGAAGAGCUGCAAAAAUUGUUCCGCGAUCAGUUUCACUUUCCUACAGAAGUGCUCGAACUUAACGAUGUGAAAUCGCCGUAG